CGCGCCGUGAGGAACCUGACCAGCCGCAUGGCUGCGGGUUGCUCAGCGUCUCCGCGGCCGAAGGCGGCCUCAGAAGGGCCGGUGGUGGGACCGGCCGGCGUCUUGCCUUGCCUAGAAUUGCCUACCUACGCGACCGCUUGUGCGCUCGUGAAUAGCCGCUACUCCUGCCUGGUGGCGGGGCCGCACCGAAGACACAUCGCACUGUCGCCGCGCUACCUUAACAGGAAACGCACCGGUAUCCGAGAACAGCUCGAUGCCGAGCUCCUGCGCUAUUCCGAGAGUCUGUUAGGUGUACCCAUUGCUUAUGAUAACAUCAAAGUAGUGGGUGAAUUGGGAGAUAUUUAUGAUGAUCAAGGACACAUUCAUCUUAACAUUGAAGCAGAUUUUGUUAUUUUCUGCCCUGAACCGGGGCAAAAACUUAUGGGUACAGUUAAUAAAGUGUCUUCCAGCCACAUUGGCUGUUUAGUACACGGGUGCUUCAAUGCCUCCAUUCCUAAACCUGAGCAGAUGCCAGCCGAACAGUGGCAGACUCUGGAGAUAAACAUGGGUGAUGAACUAGAAUUUGAAGUAUUUCGUUUAGACUCAGAUGCUGCUGGAGUAUUCUGCAUUCGGGGAAAACUAAAUAUCACUAGUUUACAAACCAAGUGCUCUGCAGUUUCUGAAGAAGUAACAGAAACUGGCACUGAAGAAGCUACUGAAAAACCUCGAAAGAAGAAAAAGAAAAAGAAGAAAGACCCAGAGCCAUAUGAAGUGGAAAGUGGUACCACAGAGCUAGCGGAUUUUGCAGAUGUUACCAUGAAGGAAGAGACAGAUCUGCAGAUUAAUAACAAUGUGAAUGACCUCUGGGAGGAAGAGCCGAAGAAGAAGAAGAAGAAAAAGCACCAGGACCUUGUUUUCCAAGGCAGUGACUCCAGUGGUUACCAAAGUGACCAUAAAAAGAAAAAAAAGAAAAGAAAGCACAGUGAGGAGGCUGAAUUUACACCACUUUUGGAACAUGCACCUAAAAAGAAAAGGGAAAAGUAAUUUUCUUUAGUGCAUUUUAAAUAUGAUUUGGUUUUUUAAAAAUUGAUUUACACAAAACAGAUGACUGAAGUUUGAACUAUGAAAUGUUUUGUAUUCCAAUACUUUGCAAAACAGGGAACGUUUGAUUAGGAGUUGAGUUUUUGGUGCUAAAACAAAACAGAUAAAUAUGGGAAAUGCCAGUAUUAUUAAAGCGCCAUUUUACUGUAAACAGAAUAGAAAGGUAAGAGCUGCCCGCAAUCUCAACUCCAAUUCUUCCAGUGAUACAUUCUAAAUAAAAUGAUUUCUACAGUCUGCAAAGGGACUUUUAGGGACUUUUAAAAUACAAUGUUAUUUCAUAUCAUAUAGAAUGAGUUUUGAGCUUGGGUUUUGUUGUUGUUACAGGUUUCACAUUUAGUCAUGAUGUUACAUGACAUGCUAUUUUGCUUUAAUUUCUCUUAUCAUGGCUACUACAGUAUUUCUACUGUUUAACUUACAAUGGUUUGCCAAAGGAGUUUCUGAAGUUUCCAGAGCUCUUAAGAACUUUGCCACUACUGACUGUGUGGUAGGAAACAAUAUUCACUAUUCUUUUCUUCUAGGUGCAUGUAUGUUGUUUUCCUUUUUCUCUCAGUCUAAGAGGUUGAUGGAGAGGCUGUUUUCUGACACUUGUUCGUUUGUGCCUCAACCGUUCUGCUUUUGUUAUGUGUUGGAGAGGAGGAGAGUCUGCUGAAGACAGGAAAAUGUGAUUAUGACUAGUGGGGAAUUUCUGGGGAAUUUCCCUACUUUUAACAUUUGAGUUAAGCUACUAGAAAUUAUUAUGAAGAGAAAACAGCUAUUCACUGCUUUCACUGCGAAAAUGUGGACUAUGUCUUAACUAUUGGAAAACAGUGAAGAAUGAAAUGACAAGCUGGUUCAGCCUGAUAAUCAAUGCAAGGUCGUAUUCAUUCAUUUAACAGGUAUUUGAUGAUCUGUGUGGAAAACACAUUCUGCUAAGGUCCAGGGGUAUAAUGGCAAACAAGGUAGAAAUAAUUCCUUCCCUCAUGGAAUGUCAUAGGAAAAACAGAUGCACAUACACAAUAUAAGUAAGAAAACACAGAAAAAUACUAAUUGUGGUAAGUGCUACAGAGAAAAAGAAGAUUGUCUGUCUACUCACUGUUAGUUGUGAUCCAUGGAAGCCAUUUUCAUUGCCAUUUAUCUAGUAUCAGAUAUAGUACUUACUGGUCUUACAUUGUUUAAUGUUUGUUAAUGUAUGGGUUCCCAUAGUAGUAGGUCCAAAUCUGUAAUGAUAGAAUAUAGUAUUUGGAGAGUGGCAGUCAUUCACAAUGUUUGUCUACAAGCACAUGUGCCAGACAGUGGAAAUGUGCAGGCCAGUAUCUUUCCUUAUCAUUAGGUUCCUGUGGGUAAUUUAGCCCUCAGAAUGUAGCUAGUCCAAAUAGAGAUGAGGUAUCAGUAUAAAAUACACAUCAGAUUUUGAAGAGGUACAAAGAAAUAAUGUAAAAUAUCUCAAUUUUGUAUAUUGGUGAGAUUAUAAUAUUUUGGUACAGUGGGGUAAAUAAAAUGCUACAAUUAAAUCAGCUUUUUUCAUUUUUUUUUUUUUUUUUUUUUUGCGGUACAUGGGCCUCUCACUGCUGUGGCCUCCCCCGUUGCGGAGCGCAGGCUCAGCGGCCAUGGCUCACAGGCCCAGCCACUCCACAGCAUGUGGGAUCUUCCCAGACCAGGGCACGAACCCGUGUCCCCUGCAUCCGCAGGCAGACUCUCAACCACUGCGCCACCAGGGAAGCCCCUCAUUUUUUUUUUUUUAAAGAUUAAAAAUGGCAUCUGAGGGGCCCACAUUAUCUUUGUUUUGGACAGCACUGGUUUAAAGGAAGGAUGAUUUGAAAAAGAUUUAAAACAAGCUAUACCAUAUUCUCAAGAGUUUAAUGUACUACCAUACCCAGAAAAUGUCUUAUAAAUACUUCCUUUAAAUUUAAAUACAUAAAUUUAUUAUGUCUGACUUAAUGUGAAAAAUUAAUGUUUAGUGAAACAAUUCUAAAUCCCUUCUGGUAAAUACUAAGGAAGCUGUUAAAUUGAUGCUAUUCAUGGAAAAAUACUUUAUGGCUUAGCAAAAUAAAUUCCCACAUAUUUAUUGUAUUUUGCUUCAGUUGCUGCUUCUGUUAAUGUUGUAUUUUAAAAUAAUUUGCAUCUUUGAAGAAAAACAUGCUGAACUUGAAACUAGAUUUAUUCAUGUUUUUCACAAUGUCAGUAGCUUUGAAAAGGCAGAUCUGGUCAUUUGCCUUGCCUACAAUAAAGUGACAAUGACAGUUGUUUUUAUCUGAUACAGAAACCUCUGAUGAUGGUAUCUUCCAUAUAUCCUUCAAAACACUUCUCACAUGCUACACUAAUCUAGGUUUUUCCUUUUUAUCUUGGAAUUUGCUCAUUAAAAUUCUCUAGCCUAGGCUAGACCCCUUAUCCUCUCUUCAGUUCCUAUUAAUCAUUAAUCACUGGGAAUAAACAGAAGUUUGAAAUGUUUUCAAGGCUCUGGUCACCACAACACCAAUCACACCCUCUAUCAAGGGGAUAAUGGCCAGCACAUACUGAGGAAAAAUGUGGCAGGCAUCCAUACUGAAAACAGCCCUCCAAAAAUAUUAGAUUCAUACAGGCUACAGAGGGAUGCUCCCACAUAAAAACAGCCCUUCACAGUAGAUAAGUUUCUCCUAAAUUCACAGAGGAAUAUAAGUAAAAUGAAGAAGCAGAGGAGCCAGUCCCAAUAAAAGAACAAGAGAAAAGCCCCUGAAAGAAAGAAUAAUGAAACAGACCUCUCCAGUCUACCAGAUCCUGAAUUUAAAAAGGAGGUAAUAAAAAUACUGAAGAAAUCAAAGGCUGUCAAUAGAAAUGCACUAGAACUAGAAACUAUAAAGAGGAGCCCAUUAAAAUUAGAAAACUCAUUUGCCAAGAUGAAAGCUGAGCUAAAGGCAAUGAAUAGCAAACUAAUGCAGAAUUAAUACGUGAUCUAGAAGAUAUAAUAAUGGAAAUCUAUUAGAACAGCAGACAAAUGAAAAAAAAUGAAAGCAAUAUAUGAGGCCUAUGAGAUAAUAUCAAGUCGGCCAAUCUACACAUAAUUGGGAUGCCAGAAGGAGAAGGAAGAGAAACAGGAAUGGAAAAUGUAUUUGAAGAAAUUAUGGCUGAAAACUUCUCACAAUUAAAGAGAGAUCCAGGUACAGGAAGCACGGAGGGUCUCAGACAAGAUGAACCCAAACAGACCUACACCAAGACAUAUAUUAAAAUGGCAAAAGUUAAAGAGGAUUCUAAAGGCAGCAAGAGAAAAAGAGUUAGUUAAAAGGGAACCACCUUAAGGCUAUCAGCUAGUUUCUCUACAGAAACAUUGCAAGUCAGAAGGGAGUCUCAAGAUACAUUCAAAAUCCUGAAAAGGAAAAACCUGCAACCUAGGAUACUCUACCCAGCAAGAUUAUAAUUUAGAAUAGGAGAGAGAAAGAAUUUCUCAGAGAAGCAAAUUUUAAAAACUAAAGUAAUACUAAACUUAACCUGAAAGAAAUAUUGAAAGGUCUUCUCUAAAUAGAAAAGAAGCAAAAAUCUACAGAAAAGAAAUCACAAUUGUAAAUUACUUAAAUAAGACAGUACAUAGAUUUUUUUUAAUCAAAAAAAUUUGUGAAAGUGAAAAUAACUACAAUGAAUAGCAAAAGGAUAAACAUAAAAAUGUAAAAGAGGACAGAAAAAUCAUAAAAUGGGAAGGGGAGUAAGAAAAUGUAGUUUUUUGUUUAUUUUUUUUACAAUGUGUUUGAUCCUGUAUGAUUGCAAGUAGAUAUAGUAAUGGGUUAACAUAUGUGAGAAGCUGGGUAACCACAAAUCAAAAACAUACAAUAGAUUCACAAAAACCAAAAAGGAGAGAACUCAGGCAUAAUAUAAAAGAAAGCCAUCAAACCACAAAAGGAAAAACAAAAAGGAAGAAAGAAGAAAUACAAAAUCAACUGGAAAACUAGGUUUAAAAUGGCAAUAAAUACAUGUCUAUAAAUAACUACCUUAAAUGUUAAUAGAGUAAAUGCUCCAAGCAAAAGACAGAGUGGCAGAUUAGAUGAUAAAACAAGAGCAUACAAUAUGCUGCUUACAAGAGACCCACAUUAGGGCAAAGGACACACACAAACUGAAAGGGGAUGGAAAAAGAUAUUUCAUGCAAAUGGAAAUGAAAGCAGUGGUAGCAAUAAUUAUAUCAGACAAAAUAGACUUUAAAACAAAGGCUACAAAGAAAGAUAAAAGAUAUUUCAUGCAAAUGGAAAUGAAAGCAGUGGUAGCAAUAAUUAUAUCAGACAAAAUAGACUUUAAAACAAAGGCUACAAAGAAAGAUAAAGAAAUGACACUAUAUAAUGAUAAAAUGAUCAAUACAAGAAGAGGAUAUUACACUUGUUAGCACAUAUAAGAGCACCUAAAUACAUAAAACAAAUACUAACAGGCAUAAAGAGAGAAAUUGAUGUGAAUACAAUAGUAGAAGACUUUAAUACCCCACUGACAUCAGUAGAUCAUCCAGACAGAAAAUCAAUAAGGCAACAGAGAUCCUAAAUGACGGAAGAGUCAGACUUGAUAUUUUCAGUACAUUAUAUCCAUAAAAACUAGAAUAUACAUUCUUUUCAAGUGCACAUGGAACCUUCUCUAGGAGAGACCACAUACUAGGAAAGAAAACAAGCCUCAACAAAUUUAAGAGGAUAGAAAUUAUUUCAAGUAUCUCUUCUAACCAAAAUGGCAUGAAACUAGAAAUCAACCACAGAAAGAGAAAUGAGAAAAAAUGAUUAUAUGGAGACUAAGCAACAUGCUACUAAAUAAACCAAUGGGUCAACAAUGAAAUCAAAGGGAAAUUUUUAAAAUACCUUGAGACAAAUGACAUCGGAAACACAACCAUACAAAAUCUAUGGGAUGCAGUAGAAAGCAAUCCUAAGAGGGCUGUUCAUAGUAAGACAAGCCUUCCUCAAAAAAAAUAGAAACAUUUCAAAUAAACAACCUAACCUAACCUACCACCUAAAAGAGUUAGAUAAAGAAGAGU